CACACACAACAGAAAGUUUGGAGGCCAGGCGAGCAGUGGGAUACCGACGGAUAGGAAGUGACGGGACUGCAUGAAUUGCAGAAGGGGUGAAAAAAGACGGGAAUAUCAACACAAAGCAGAAUGAGAAGCAACGUGCGAUCAUUGUAUAGAGAGAGAGAGAGAGAGAGGGGGGAACUGAAUUGCGCAUGAUCUUAUCCACAACGCCGGAGUCAGACUUUGAAUAGAGGUGAACCAGGCUCUCAACAGUGGAAAACACAGAUUUGGUAAGAGGAUUGUCGUGUCCGUGGACUCUGAUUUUCAUGACUGCAGUUGUAAUAAUAGUGCAAAGUGCCGGCGCAAAGGGGACCAUAUGAACCACAAAGUUCCCAACUCCAGCCUGAUCCGCACUUUGAACAUGAAGAAAAAGACUUUACGCACCACCAGAGGAAACAGUUAGGGGGAUAUGUGCGCACAGCUCCGGUUUUUUCCUCUGCGGGGUUACCUUUUGAGUCUUUGGGGAUGUUGGCGAGUUGCAUCUCUGCGGCUUCGGUUCGGAUACUGACCCGGAUCUGCGCCCUGGUCUUGUUCCUCACCGCGGGACUCAGUUCGGAGCUUCGGGUCCGGGUCCGGCUCUCCGACGGACUGGUGACCGAGGAGGUUUUGGAGGCGGACAGUGAAAGAGACUCGAUUUCGCUCGAAUUCAAGCAAGGAGACGGGACGCUUAUUACUUUUGUGGCCGACUUCAAGCAGGAUGUGAAGAUAUUCAGAGCGUUGAUACUUGGCGAGCUAGAAAGAGGGCAGAACCAGUACCAGGCCCUGUGCUUCAUCUCUCGCCUGAACCGCAAUGAGAUCAUCCCCAGUGAAUCCAUGGCCCGUCUCAGACAGAAAAAUCCUCAGGCUAUUCGUCUGGCAGAGGAGCGACGAGGGUUGGAGCAACUGACAAUGAGCGUAGCGGUCAAUCUGAGUCGAGCCUGGCAGCUCAGUUCCCACAUCCGCAACAUGUGCAGCGAAGCCCAUGAGGCCAUUUACACCAGGGAGGCAGAUGUCAAACACUGGCUGGAAAAAGGAGUAGAUGGCUCAAUGUUUGAGGUCCUACCUCAGUCAACGGAGGUACCAGCGUUUCAGGCCUGCCACUCCACUAAAGACUUGUGGCAGCCUUGUCUCUGCACAUACAGCCUUCGCCUGGAGUGGUACCCUUGUUUGUUGAAGUACUGCCGCAGCCGGGACACCACAGGCAAAGGCUCGUCCUACAAGUGUGGCAUAAAGAGCUGCAGCAAGGGUUACCAUUUCACCUACUAUGUUCCUCAAAAACAGCUCUGCCUCUGGGACGAAGAGACUUAGCAUUUUCUCCGGAGGAUUCAGGAGAGAUAGAUUCUUCCCAGCCAAGCCAAUGCUUCUCCACCCAUAUGUUCAAAAUAAACACAGUAACGCUGGACCUUGGUUUCUAAGAUGUUUAGUGAAGCUGUCUCACAUGGGGAGUGGUGAGAUCCAGAUGCUCCAGCUGAAACCGAUAUGAAGUCAGGUUCCAUACAAGACCAAAACUUUUAUGUAAGGAGGGAGCAGCGCAUUGUGUCUAAGCGGACCCACAAAACUCUGGGAAAAUGAUACAUCACUGUGUUACGAUGUGACUCUGCCAAGGAUCUGUCACUUUGGUGCCUUUUUUGGUGAUUUAUCGGAGCAGAUGAUAGAUGCUAACCACAGUAACCUUUCAUACCGGACAUAUUAUGCACACAAAGCUAGACAUUGCAUUGUUGACCAUUUAAACACCAGCAGGGGAUCAACACACUCUCGAUAAAACAAUCUUCUAUCCUAGUGAAGGAAAAUUUGGAUGGCAGAUUUGUCUCUUAAAAUGAACUUUCUUGGCUGAUAAGGAGAUAAACCCUUUUUCAAUGCUGGCUUUAUUUAUUUUGGUUGCAAAGUGAAAUUAUUGAGGACUAUUUUUGUACUUUUUUGUUGAAAAUAAUCUCAUGACAUGUGAUAUCUUUUCUCCAGCUCUUAAAUUUCAACUCCACAGUUACCAGAGAUGUUCAGAUACAUUUCAGAAUUCUUCUCAUAAUGGAUUUUGUGUCGAGUCCCGUACAUAUGUCACAGUACGCAGUUGCUGUUUUUUUUUUUUUUUGUCGUACAGAGAGUGGGUAAACAGGUUUAUUAUCCUUUUUAACAGGGUAUUUUUAAGUCUGUUUUUCCCCAUAAACACCCAUGCCCACGACUCGCAUUCUCUGUCUGUUUAAAAUGUCAAAUAAACCAAAGUCAAAGGCAAUUCUGUCACAAUGAGGGUGCAGAGUUUCAGUAUGGGUUUUUCCACAUGAGGUCUCAGUAAACUGCAGGAUUUUAAUAAUCUCUACUGCCACCUUCUGGUUGCAUCAUGUCACAAUUGUGGUGUUCUCUGAAGUGGUAUCGUGGUCCGAGGAUUCUCUUUGUUGGUUUUGUCUGUUUAUGUUUAUAAUUAAUUCAUCUCUAUUCCCAGAUGAUAUGAAUGUGCGCUUCAACGUGCACUUGUGGAACUUAUGGGACCAAAUUAUAUUUAUCUGUCUGUGUGUUCUUUACAGCAGUAAGCUAUAAUGAAUUUGUUUAUUUCACAGCCAGUUUGUCUUACCUCCAUGUCAAAGGAUCAUUUUGUUUUGUCUGUUAGUAUAUUCUGCUAACUAAAAACCAAAUGAGUGAAACAUUUCUAUUUGUGGCCUUUUCUGGCGAUCAAGUGCCUUAACAUUUCCAUUGAUAUCUUUGAUAUGUAAUUGUAGAAUAAGUCAUUGAACAUAUUUUUUCUAUGAAAGAGUUUUGAGGAGAAAAUGAAGCAAUUAGGUAACGUACCAUUUAAGAGUUGUGUUUUACAUUAAUUGUUUCAAUAAAGUCUUUCUUUGCACUGCA